AUGUCUAUGAAGGAAUUUUCGCUUGAGGCUAUAUCAACCACCGGUGGCGACCACAUUGAAAACUCUGAUAAAGUAUCCAAGGCCGACAAUGACGGCGAAGAUGAGGAAUACACGGUCAAGGAGCAAAGGAAAAUCAUCCACAAGAUUGAUAGAAGACUCUUGGUGAUCCUCGGUGCCAUGCAGGCCGUGUCAUUCCUUGACCGAGCCAACAUGUCUAAUGCAAACAUCGCUGGAAUGGCUAAAGCUCUCCAUCUAGCUGUUGGAAAGCGCUAUUCCAUUGUGCUCUUGGUAUUUUUCGGUCCCUAUAUUCUCCUCCAGAUCCCUUCAAACAGGUUGCUCCGCAAGAUUGGGCCAAGAGUUUUCAUGUCGUCGACCGUUGUUGCUUGGGGAAUUGUCAUGAUGUGCUUCGGCUUUGUGCAGAGCUGGAGGUCACUGAUCCCACUCCGUUUGCUUCUCGGAGCCUUGGAAUCGGGCGCACUCUCUGGACAAUUUUAUCUGAUUUCAUGCUGGUAUGCUCGAUACGAUCUUCACAAACGUGUCUCGACAUUCUACCUCAUCGCUGUCCUUGGCAGCGCUUUCGGUGGUGUUCUUGGCCUCCUAUUCUCACAGAUGGGUGGACUCGGAGGCGAGGCAGCAUGGCGGUGGAUCUUCAUCAUGGAGGGUUUGUUAACCAUCAUUAUCGGAGUUCUGGGUUAUGCCUUUAUGAUUAAUUUCCCCGAGGAAUCGCACAAGGCUUGGGGAUUUCUCUCCGUGAAAGAGAAGGAUUUUGUGAUCAGGCACAUCAACCGUGAUCGUGCUGAUGCCGAAACACCAAACUUCUCUUGGAAACGGCUGUUCUCGGCUGCACUCGACUGGAAGAUCUGGUCCUUUGGAUUAUUGUUCUUCUGCUCAACAAUCCAGGCAUACUCGGUGGGCUUCUACUUGCCCCUUAUUCUCGAAGGUGAAAUGGGCUUCAGUGUCGCAGCGGCUCAGGCUCUGAGUAGUCCUCCAUAUUUAGCUGCCAUGGCGUUGAUGUUUGUGGAAGGCUAUAUCUGCGACAAAGUCCGCCUGCGUGGCCCCUGUCUCGUCUUCAACGCCUUGUUAUCCGCCACUGGGUUGUGCAUGAUGACUUGGACCACCAGCUCUGGCUCUCAAUACGUCGGCUCUCUUUUCGUCACCGCAGGCUGUUCUGCAAACAUCCCAGCUGUCAUGGUCUAUCAAGCCAACAACAUUCGCGGACAUUGGAAGCGUGCGUUCUGCAAUGCUAGUCUAUCGUCUCUGGGUGGUAUUGGCGGUAUUGCUGGAUCGUUGGUUUUUCGGUCUGAGGACGCUCCUGACUAUGUUCCGGGGAUCACUGCUUGUCUUGUUGCUAACGGACUUACAUUGUUGCUGGUUGGACUAAUGACAAUAUUCUUCUACGUGCGCAACCACCAGGCUGCAAGGGGAGACUUCAUUCUUGAGAACCUGCCCGGUUUCCGUUAUACCUACUAG